AUGGGAGGUGGUGGUAGCGGUAGAGGUGGCGGUGUUCCUGGGUUGGGCUAUGGUUCCGGAUAUGGGUCUGGGUAUGGCAAGGGCAAUGGUGGAAGUGCCGCCGAAGGAUUUGGCCAUGGUGGUGGAGGUGGAUGUGGUGAUGGUGGAGGUGGAGGGUCUGGUUCAGGAUAUGGUUAUGGGAAGGUCAUGAAUCUGGUGGUGCUUCCAGGGCAAGUGACUACAGAACUGGUAGUGGCGGCGACGAUGGUGGCGGUGCAGGGUCUUAAUAUUGGUCAGGUGAGGGCUAUAGAUCUGGUGUUGGCAGUGCUGGUGGUGGUGGAGGUGGAGAUGGCCAAGGUGACAGGCUUGGUGGUGGCUCAGGCUAUGGGUCCGGAGGUGGAUACUACGAGGAUGGUGUUUACGCUAGCGAAUAUGGUGGUGGUGGCCAACGCAAUGGCUCGGGUUAUGGUUCUUGCUCUAGUUACGGAUACGGCUCCGGUAGUGGCGGUGGACACUACUAGGUUUGUGCUCCAAUGA